AUGUUGGCAAGCAACUGGUCGGCUACUCCCUUAGUUUGUGACUGGAGAGGAGUCACUUGCGGCUCCCGCCACCGCAGAGUCACUGCCUUGAACAUCUCCAACUUGGGUCUUACUGGCACCAUUCCUCCACAACUGGGCAAUCUCUCCUUUCUCAUGUCCCUCGACAUGAGUGGGAACAAUUUUUAUGGAGAACUUCCCCAUGAAUUGAUUCGCUUUAUCCCACCUUCUAUCUCCAACAUGUCCAAGCUAGAGACAUUAAAUCUGCAGGUUAAUUCUCUUCAAGGAGCAAUACCAAUGGAGAUUGGGAAAUUAAAAAAGUUGAAGCGAAUUCUCCUGGACUAUAAUCAGUUUUCAGGUUCUUUGCCAUUGCAGAUGUUCAAUAUUUUCGCAUUGGAAAUGAUUGCUUUUCAAGGUAAUAGCCUGUCUGGUAGUCUUUCAUCCAGCAUAUGUGCCCGUCUUCAAGGACUCUCAUGGCUUGACCUUUCCCAUAACGAAUUAAGUGGCAUGAUACCAGCAUCCUUAUCCAAAUGUUCAAAGCUUCGUGUACUGGGGUUGUCAUACAACAACUUUAGUGGAGUGAUGCCGGAAGAAGUUGGGAACUUGACGGCACUCCAGGAACUAUACCUUGGUGACAACAAUUUGAUUGGAGUGAUACCGGAAGGAUUUGGGAACUUGACGGCGCUCAAGCGACUAUAUCUUCGCAGCAGCAAUUUGAUUGGUACCAUCCUAGCUCUUGAAUUUUAG